AUGCGACCUUCGUAUUAUCCAAGUAGAUCUGUUGAAUCGCCAGAAAUUCCCAGAUGCAGUUACCGGAUUGUUCGGCGUCGUCAUCCCCACAGGUGUCAAGAUGACCAUGGGGUCGGAAUCGUGGUCCUCACACCCGGACGCCGGGACGCUGGACGCCCGGAUGAUCGAGGUCGCUACCUAUAAGGUUCCAUGUACAAUCAACGGCUACUCCAACAAAAAUAGCACGCUCAAUCUUGGAAAGCCCGGCAUCAUUUACUCGGAAUUAUACUCUGCCGACCUUUGCAAAAGCAGACGAAGAAUCUCACUGUCACCAUGGGCUACGUACGAACCGCCGAGGAAGUCGAGGCAUACGACCUCUUCUACCGAGGCGUGACAUCUCCGAACCAUGCCGCUGGCGUCAACUUUACUACCACGGAUGAAUUCGCAAGAGAAGUGCUGCCUCCCUGCUUCGACGUGCCCACCCCCCCUACGGGGGUCAUGUACGUCUGCACCAACUGCGAGGAGAUCGACGAUCAGCGCACCGGCGAGGAUGAGGAGGCCGGCGUCGUGGCCUUAGACGUUAUCUACCAGGGACAGAAGGGCAGCUAUACGCUUUCUGUCUUUGUAAACCGCGACCAAUCACUGGCCACGGGCCAUGAAGUGUGGUCCAUGCCCAAGAAGCUGGGAGAGAUCCACCUGAUGGGCAACGGCCGCAAAGCAUGCGUGCUCGCACAGCGGAAGGGCGCUGAGAUGCGCUUGGAUACUCUCCUCGGGGCUCCCACCUUCUCCAAGGACCCCGAACCAACGAGGUCCAUCUUUUACGAGAUCAAGGCUGGAAUGCGGGCGUCUGGUGGCUUUCAGCACAACCCGGUUCUCGUCGAGUUUGAGGUGACGCAGCACGUCUUCACGUCGCAAGACGGCGAGUUGGACAAGACCAAGUUGAGUCUGCAAGGCACCGAUGACGACCCUCUGCACACUGUGCCGGUCAAGGAGCUGACCUCUGCUUGGGCAUCUGGAUACUCAAUGGGGACCCAGGUGUUGAGGGAAAUGGAGCUGGACACCACGGUCGAUUAUCGGCCAUACAUCUACGGUCGUUUCUACGACGACUGGCCUCGCGCCGCGGCCAAGGCCAAGGCGAUGGAUUCUUCUGCUUAA